AUGGUGUACAAUGAAUCUUGUCAUCGCUAUCGCAAUUUGCAAUCAUCGAUUUCAAUUUGGUUAACUUCGAAUCCAGAUGAAACAAAAAUUCCAGAACUUCGAAAAAUAAUUAACUAUGCCAUAUUAUUUAAUGAUGUUGAUCUAUGUAACAAAUAUAGUGAAAGUGUUGAGGAAGAUGAUAAAAUUUAUAUCAUUUCAAACGUUCCUGGUUAUCAUUCGAAAAAAGCUCGAAUAUAUCCUUACAACACCACAGAUGAAGAAUCUAGUAGAAAUUUCGAUGAAGCUAUUAAUGAUAUUAAAAAUGAUUAUAAUGUUCAGUUAAAUCCAUUAGGAAUAAAUAUUGUCAAACAAUCAACUCAUUUGACAUUGAGUAGUGAGUUUUUAUGGUUUGUGAGGUUAUUCCUUUCAGAAUCGUUUUGCAUCCAAUGGUUAAUAGCCAAAGAAGAAUGUAACUGUUACACACACUUUAUUUCAGUAAAUUAACAUCUAUAUAUAGUAUAUUUUAGCUACAGGAA